AUGCGGAACAACCCGCUACUGUAUUCUGCUGCCAAGAAGAAGGUUCUGAAUGCAGAAUGCCCAUACUCCACAAUGCCCAUACUCCACAAUGCCGCAAGAAGAGGGGACUGGGCCCUUGUCAAUAGUUUGCUGCGGACGGGUGCCGACGUCGAUGAAAUGCAAAAAUAUGAAGAAGUGACCGCAUUGCAUGUUGCCUGUCGCGCUGGGCAUUUGAAAGUUGCACGGCUAUUGUUAGACCGAGGCGCUGAUGUGAAUGUAACCAGCCCUGAUAGUUGGGCACCCUUGUAUUCUGCUUGUGGUAGCCGUCAUCUUGAGAUUGUCCAACUUUUGUUGGACUAUGGUGCUGACAUGGAAGCAAGGGCUUACGAUGGCCGCACGCCAUUGGCUUGGGGCUUGGAUGAUGACGCGUGGGAGGGAACGCGGCUUCUGUUGGAUCGAGGAGCAGAUUUGAAUGUCAAAGAUAACAACGGAAAUACACCCCUACACAACGUAUGUCGCAAUAAUUUUCUUGAUAGUGUAAGGCUUUUCGUAGAACGGGGAGCGGACGUGAAUGCAGCGAAUCAAGACAACCAAACGCCAUUGCAUGUUGCCUGCGAGCAUCAAAACUCGGAAAUUAUGCGGCUUCUGUUGGAUCAAGGAGCAGAUUUAAACGUCAAAGAUGACCACGGAACUACACCCCUAGACAACCUCUGUAGCAAUAAUUUUCUUGACGGUGUACGGCUUUUUGUAGAACGGGGAGCGGACGUGAAUGCCGUUGAUGCAGACAGCCAAACGCCAUUGCAUGUUGCAUGCGAGCAUCAAAACUCGGAGAUUAUGCGGCUUCUGUUGGAUCGAGGAGCAGAUUUGAACGUCAAAGAUGACCACGGAAAUACAGCCCUACACAACCUCUGUCGCAAUAAUUUUCUUGACGGUGUAGGGCUUUUAGUAGAACGGGGAGCGGACGUGAAUGCAGCGAAUCAAGACAACCAAACGCCAUUGCAUGUUGCCUGCGAGCAUCAAAACUCGGAGAUUAUGCGGCUUCUGUUGGAUCGAGGAGCAGAUUUGAACGUCAAAGAUGACGACGGAAGUACAGCCCUACAUAGCCUCUGUCGCAAUAAUUUUCUUGACGGUGUACGGCUUUUCAUAGAACGGGGAGCGGACGUGAAUGCAACGAAUGAAAGCAGCCAAACGCCAUUGUAUUUUGCCUGUGAGAAUCAAAACUUGGAGAUUAUGAGGCUGCUAUUAGCAAGUGGUGCAAAUAUGGAGACAUGUGCUGAUGAGUCUGUGACCCUGUUGCAUCACGUUUGCGGCCAAGGAUAUCUCGAAAGUGCUAGAUUCCUAUUAGACAAUGGUGCCAACUUUGAAACAAGGAAUAGUUGUAAUGAGACCCCAAUCGUGAUUGCAUGCGAGAAUGGACAAGUGGAAGUUGUUAGACUGUUGAUUGAUAGAGGGGCCAAUGCUGAAGCAAAAAGUUAUUCGGGAGAUAUCCCGUUCAUGUCUGCAUGUAGGUGUGGACAAAUAGAAGUUGCAGAGCUUUUGCUCGAUCGACACGCAGAUGUGAAUGCAAAGGAUUUAAAAGGUUAUACUUCAUUACUGCAUGCAUCUAAACGCUGCAAUGACAAGGUUGCGCGAUUCUUGAUCAAUGCCGGUGCUAAUGUUAAUGCAAAGGAGGAGAAAUGGGAUUCGACACCGCUGCAUUUCGCAAGUAAAAAGGGCAGUGCCGAUAUUGUGCGAUUGUUACUGGAUAGCGGUGCGGAUAUGGAAUCACAAGGACGAGACAAAUUCACCCCUUUGCACACAGCUUGUGGGUUUGGUAAUUUCGCAGUUGUCCGACUCCUCUUGGACAGCAAUGCAAAUUUGGAAGCUCGGACUGCUGUUGGGUGUACCCCACUGCAUCUCGCAUGUGCAUAUGCAAGCUCGAAAAUUGUGCGGUUGUUGUUGGAUCGAGGGGCAAAUACGGAAGCCAGGACGGGGUGCGGCACGACUCCUUUAAUCAUUGCAGCUGGAGGGCAACAUCAUCAGAUCGUUUGGCUAUUGAUACAACGCUCGCCGUGGUUGAUAAUGGGUAGCCCCGACGGCCAAGUGACUUCACAAAUGUAG